GAUUUGACCGCCCCUUUUUUUAUUCUGCAUGUUAAAUAUAUUUCGUCAGCUGUUGACGCAGCGUUGCCCAGAAGGUGUGUUUGCACGGACACAUCACAUCACAGGCUGCCUCUGCGUCUGCACCGUCUGUGCCCCUCCCUCUCUGACUCCCAGCAUCACUGGCAGCCCGGUGAUGCUGUCAUAAACCGGAGAAUAAAUUCCCGUUUAACGAUCCUGAAGCGGGGCCGUCGUAUUCUGUGAAUGGUUAUUAUGCUCGGCUGCGUUAAUUUGUAAGUACAGGGCCUAUAUUGUGUUAUUGGAUGUCAGAGGCAUAAUACAACUCGGUUGUUAUUGGCUGCAGCUGUUUAUAUUCGGGCUUGUGAGGAUUCGUGCGCAUCUUAUAUUGUGUAUCCGCGGUCGGCGUGAAUAAUACAUUUCACCCGGAGGUUUUUCGUGGUUUUCCAAGGGCAUCAGUGAGCGACACGGUGCGGCAGCGAUGUGCAGGUCUGACGGAUGGACGGAAGGAGCCUGAUUCUGCUGCUGUGAUCGUUUGACUCUUCAGAGUUAUCGCUAAUAUUCGGGGUUCAAGCUCUCUCUCGGUUCACCGCCUGGCUUUAAGAUGCGACGUCAUGAGUUGAUCGCGCCUGACAGAUGUUGCUGUGUUGCAGUUGCACGGGCAUAGAUUCUCCGCCGAUUCUGUAAAUGCGAUAAAUGCUAAAGUCCUCGCUUUGUGCUCGGACAGAACGCAACGUUCAUCUAGUCUUCGGGAUUUCGUAAAAUGAUACCAGGAUCUGCCGCAUCAAUGCUACCAUCUGCAGAAGCUGCGAAAUUGUACCAGACUAAUUACGUCCGCAACUCCCGUGUCAUCGGACUUCUAUGGGCCAUCUUCACUAUCCUGUUCGGCAUCGUUAACGUGACCAUCUUCUCGCAGCCCUAUUGGAUCGGGGAUGGCGUGGAUACGCCGCAGGCCGGCUACUUCGGCCUUUUUCACUACUGCGUCGGAGACGGGAUCUCCAGAGACUUGGCCUGCCAGGGCAGCUUCACCGAGUUCGCCCAGAUCCCCUCCACCGCGUUCAAGGCCGCCUCCUUCUUCAUCGGGAUGUCCAUGAUGCUGGUUGUCACCUGCAUCGGCUGCUUCAGUCUCUUCUUCCUGCUCAGCACCUCCACCGUGUACAAGAUCUGCGGCUGGAUGCAGGCAGCAUCGGGUGUGUGUCUGGUGCUGGGUUGUAUGAUCUAUCCUGAUGGUUGGGACAGCGACGAGGUCCGGCGGAUGUGCGGAGAGCAGACGGACAAAUACAGCCUGGGGGCCUGCUCAGUGCGUUGGGCCUACAUCUUGGCCAUUAUGGGUAUCCUGGACGCUCUUAUCCUCUCUUUCCUGGCCUUUGUCCUGGGGAACCGACAGGAUGGGCUCAUGACAGAAGAGCUGCUGGCUGAGAGCAAGGAGGGAGGCAACGCCUAACCAACUCUUUAGGUUCCUGAAUUUCCAUGUGUCUGUUUUCAUGAAGUACCAGUCAACCCUCAACAUCAGCUUCGAGGAGGGGAGCCAUCCAGGUCUGUGACGGAGGAGAAUACUAUGGAACCAGCCAGCCUGCCUUUCACAUUUACCUGCCAAAACCCUCCCAGUGUAUCCCGCCCUCAAAGUCCAUCCAUUUUGCUUGCAGUCCCUACAUCAUCCCCAGCACUUAGAUGGAGCCCAAUGCACUUCUACCCCAGUGUGUCUACAGACCUAACCCUUGCACAGCAUUGCAUAGACCAUGGCAGGGGCAGAGACUGUUAGGAGAUUAUGGACUACCCACUACCUACCUGAGAAGGCACAGGGUUGACAUUGUACACCUGCAGUACGAGCACACACACACACACACACACACACAAACACGCACACACAGACAACUGCACGCCAACUCACUCACAUGCACAAACACAACUCAGCGCACAUGCAGUACACACAAACAAAACAUCAAAAAACUCUGUAAUUACAGUAUUAAACUAUGUUAACACUUAGUCGUGUGUACCACCGUCAGAAUGUGUGUCAUGUUUUAUUUGUGAAAAGAAGAAACCGCUCCUUUUCAGAUAAUAUCGGGUUGAUGUAACUCUAUUGUGUUUCAUAUGUGAAGUUUGACAAUUAAUGAAAGUUUUAGUUUCAUUUUGGCCCAUACACCCCUUUGUUCCUUAUCAUUUACUAGAAAAAUAUAUUUAAGAUAUUUUAUAAGAAUACUAUCAUCCAAAAGAGAAAAAAACUUGUAUUGAUUAAAAAGUAUGUACAGUGGUUAUUAAAAAUGUUCUAGGAAUUUUAACUAAAUCCAUUCAAUGCCCUGCUAGCUAACUUUGCACAGCAUCAGUUUGAGAAGAAAUCUAAUAUUUUAUAGUCUGUGGUAUCUACACUGUGAUGGGGGCUAUUAGGACUGUGUGCUGCAGGACUUGUAGCUGCUGUGCGAGUGUGAGUCUGUAUGUGUGUAAGGAGGUCCGUGGGUGUGUGAGAGUGAGUGUUGGUGUGAAUGUGUUGUGUGCAAUAGUUGGGCUAGAGAACCAAUACGCCAGCCUCACACACAAUUGUCCUGUUGUGUAACUAAAUCUGUCUGUCUCCGUCUCUCUCUUUACGUUUUUCUCUCUUUGACCCCCCCUUUCUCGCUUUGUUUUGUUGGGACAUACAGGGUAACAUGAUGGAGUUACAGUAUUAUGUAUAGCGACUGGUGUGCCUGAGGAGUGAACUCUGGUGGUAAUGGAUCAGUGAGGCUUGUCCCAGUGUCACCUGUGGAUAUGUUCCUGUGUAAAUAGAUAAUCUAUAGAUACCAAACAGUUAGCAAAUAUGGAGGAGGUCAACUUAGAGUAAUUAAAGAGAUUCCUUUAAGAAUAUAUGAACACUUAAUAAAGGUUUUCACUGUAAAA